CGCCUCGCCCCCGCCCCCUGGCGCUGCGCGCACACGUCACGGUGGCGUCACGGCGGAGUUGCCAUGGCGGCGCUGAGCGGCCUGGCGUCGGCGCUGGAGUCUUACAGGGGCCGCGACCGCCUGAUCCGAACGCUGGGGUACUGUUGCCAACUGGUUGGUGGGGUCCUGGUGGAGCAGUGUCCGGCCAGGUCAGAAGUGGGGACGCGCCUGCUGACACUGUCCUCCCAACUCAGCCACUGUAGGACUGUCCUGCGACUCUUUGACGACAUGGCCAUGUUUAUCUACACGAAGCAGUAUGGCCUGGGGGCAGAGGAGGAAGACCUCUUUGUCCGCGGCGUAUCCGUCCUGGGCAACCUGGCAGAUCAGCUCUACUACCCCUGUGAGCACAUCGCCUGGGCUGCCGAUGCCAAGAUCCUCCGUGUGGACUCUGCCCGGUGGUGGACACUGAGCACGGCCUUCUGGGGCCUCUCCCUGCUGCUGGGCAUCGCCAGGUCAUUGUGGAUGGUCCUGAAACUGAGACAGAGGCUGAGGGACCCCGCGGUGGCCUUUACCAGCCGGCUGCCGCGGAGCAAGAGGAGGGCCUUGGAGGCCCAGGUUCAGUCGGAGGUGCUGACUCUCCUGAGCAACCUGGCCGAUCUGGCCAAUGCCGUGCACUGGCUGCCUCCGGGAGUCCUGUGGGCCGGCCGCUUCCCCCCGUGGCUGGUGGGCCUCCUGGGCACCGUCUCCUCCCUCCUCAGUGUGUACCAGGCCGUCCGGGCCGGUGACUGGACCGAGGCCACCGCCCCCUGACGUGGCCCGGGAGGUGUGGAUGCAGCCGGAACCCCACCGGAGGGCCCCCUCCCACAAGGCAGAAAUCACCGGGGCUGGGGCUGGGUCUUUAAUUGAGCGAGUCAAUGCCAGGUGUAGGGAGGUACGGCCCAGAGAACGCUCGAGCAGCCUUGGGGACAAGGCCAGGGUGGGGCAGGAUGUAGGCAGGGGUGAGGUCCCCCGAGUGCUGAGGGCUAGGGCCUUCCGGGCUCAGUGGGGGAGGCUGCUCUCAGGUCCAGAGUAGGGGUCUCCAGGCCUCACGUGCAGAGGAACCUCAGCAGACCCUCGCGCGGCCUGUGUCCUGCGUUCCAAUCAAGGCGAGCAGGAGAGCCCAGGCGGCGUGUGCCAGGCGGCCCUUCGGACAACGGAAACGAGGAUCAAUUAAAGGGUGUGCUGGUGCCAGG